AUGGAGAUAUCUGGAGACUUCAGCAGCUCAUAUGCCAGAGUGACUCCUAACCAUACUCGUCUGCAAUGUAUAGAGCCACAAGUGGGCAAAAGACGCUUAUCUCAGGCACGUCAUAGAGCUACUUUGACAGCCUUGUUCAACAACUUACGAGAAACUGUAUUUUCACAGCAAGAAAAUUCUGUCUCAAAGUCUCAGGUCCGAUGCCAAGCUAAGAAUUAUAUCCAGGAAUUGGAGAAAACUUUGGAAAAUCUGUUGAAGAUGAAAGAAGUUUUAAAUCUGGAAGACGGCAAUCCAUCCAGUUUGGACGAUGUAAAGGAGGAAUACGUCAAGAUGUAUUUCAACAAUCAUAGCAUCAUACAUUCUUCAGAUGUUUUGAGUCCAAAUGGCACCACAGUCUGGUACGUGAUCCAAGAACAUGAGAAACCAAUUGUAGAAGAAGAUGUAAAUCAAAGGCUAACACAGUCUUCCACUACCUCGUCUCCUGAUCUCAUGGAGUUUGAACGAUACUUGUAUUUUUACAAGCAGACUGUAGACUUGCUGGUUGAUAAUGCAGUGGUAAGCCCAGAAGAAGUUAUGCUCCCUGUGGUCUCCACAGCUGUUUCCCAUCUGUGGCAGGGACUCCCAGAAGACAGGAAGGACAGUGUUUUGCAGUACUGUAGUCAAAGACAGAAUUUCAUCUCUGAGUUCAAGACAGCUUCUCAAGAACCUGCCUGUACUGACGAGAGCAGUGUGAGGGACAGUGGAACCAAUAGUCAGGAAGCCAGCGGUUCAGUAGCAUCCACACCAGAGGAGAUUCUCUUUGAAGAUGCUUUUGAUGUGGCCACUAGUUUCCUUGAUAGAAAUGAAACACAAGAAAUAUCCAGUCAAAGCUCAGCAUUCACAGUCUGUGCUUCAGAUAGUCAAGAGGAUAACCAUCGUCUCUACUUGCAGAUCAUCAGCUUCUUGAAAAACCUGUUUUUUGCUAGCACACAACCGUCACAGGAAGAAAUUCUUCAGUUAGACUACGAGACUGUGAUGUUGCGAUGCACGGAGACAUUUGAUGAUGAUGUAUAA